AUAGAUUUUUGUAGCGAAAAGAAUGGUUAUAUAAGUAAUAUACAAACAUUAGAACAAUGUAAAACAGAAUCAUCAGGUAAAGAUAAAGAACCUUGCAACACAAGAUGUUCACAAUAUGAAAAAUGGUUAACCGAACAGAAAACGCAUUUUCUUAAAGAGGAAACAAAAAAUAAAUAUAUGAAUUUAAUGACAUCUGACAAAAUUAAUUUUACAAACAAAUGUGAUAUGACCGAAAAGGUAUCUUUUGAAAAUAACAUCGAUUAUUGUGUUAAUGUUAAGGAAAAAGAACCUCCUCCAAAAGUUAUACAUAAUUCAGAUUGUUGCGCAACAGAUCAGGGAUAUACUCAACAAAUUACAUCCUAUGAACAAAUUACAUAUUACAAUUCUCAUACAAAAUAUGCAGCUGGAUUAAGCAUUUUAAAUUAUGCUAUUCUCGAAGAAAUUGCUCCAGAUGAUAAUGCGAUUUAUGAGUUUCGUUCCGUUAGAAAGCCUUACGAUGCACAUAUAAAAUAUGAAUAUAAAAUCGAUGAAGAACCCACGAAUAUUCAAACUUAUCAGGACACUCAGCAUCCCUCUAUUUCUGAAGUUUCCAAUACAGAAAUUGCUCAAAUAUAA